GACGCGCCUCCUCCUCAUCCCCGAGGAUGCCCGCCACCUCCAAGCCGCCUCCGGGGGACGAAUACUGGAUCGAGGGCUCCCGGCGGGACUCCACGCUGCAAGAUUUCUACCUCAUGGGCCCGGAGCUGGGCAGGGGUGCUACGUCUGUGGUGUAUAGCUGCGAAGAGAAAGGAACCCAUGCUCAGUAUGCCGCCAAAAUACUGAAGAAGACGAUUGACAAGAAAAUCGUCAGGACCGAAAUCGGUGUUUUGCUGAGACUUUCGCAUCCGAAUAUUAUCAAACUCAAAGAGAUCUUCGAGACCCCCUCAGAGAUCACCCUUGUUCUUGAGCUGGUGACCGGCGGGGAGCUCUUUGACAGGAUUGUGGAAAGAGGCUUCUACAGUGAGAGGGACGCGGCCCAUGUGGUCAAGCAGAUCCUAGAAGCCGUGUCUUAUUUGCAUGCCAAUGGAGUGGUCCACCGUGACCUGAAACCGGAGAAUCUCCUCUAUGCAGACCUCUCCCCGGAUGCACCUCUCAAAAUUGGUGAUUUUGGAUUGUCUAAGAUCGUGGAUGAGCAGGAGACCAUGAAAACCGUGUGCGGCACCCCAGGAUACUGCGCUCCCGAAAUCCUCCAUGGUUCGCCAUAUGGGCCCGAAGUGGAUAUGUGGUCUGUGGGUGUCAUAACGUAUAUCUUACUGUGUGGCUUCGAACCGUUUUUCGACCCACGAGGAGACCCAUACAUGUACAGCAGGAUCCUGAACUGCGACUAUGAGUUUGUCUCUCCUUGGUGGGAUGAGGUGUCUCUCAACGCCAAGGAUUUGGUUCAGAAGCUGAUCGUUUUGGACCCCCAGAAGAGGCUAACCGUGCAGCAGGCCUUGCAGCAUCCUUGGGUGACUGGGAAAACGGCCAAGUUUGCCCACAUGGACAGCACACAGAAGAAACUCCAGGAGUUCAACGCGAGGCGGAAACUGAAGGCUGCUAUGAAAGCAGUGGUCGCUUCGGGUCGGCUGGGCAACCAGAAGGUAGGGAAUGGGCGCCACCAUGAUGCCCCCAAAGAGCCGUGCUUGGAUCAAGGGGCAGGGAGUGCCCUCGCCCUGGAGGAGAACCUUUACAAGAAGCCCUCCGGGACCGGCUUGCUGGACACCGCUGCAACAGCUCCUCCGGCCCAGGUGGAGACGCUUGACGUUUUCCAGCCUGACUGCCCUGUCACAUCCACGGUUGUGCUCAACGGCGCUGGCUGCAAAAGUUAACACCCUCCUCCCUCCCCCCACAAAGGGGAAAAAAUGCCUCUGCUUUGCUCUUCAUUCAAUGGAUCAAGUUUAUCCCCACCACGGGUAGACCAGAGAGCCAUCUGCCGGAUUGAGAGAGCAGCCUGCAGACCCAGGAGCAACCUGUACGGAAAGGGGAUGCAUGACGUCACGAGGAAUCAUAUAGUAGUGUGUAGCUUUGCUUUUGGAAGGCAUACAACCCAACUGACGGAGUCGCUUCCUCUCUUUUCACCUCCUCUUCCUAGAAAGUACACCAAACUCUCUCUUUUUGCAAUGUCUCCUCAUGAGAAAGAACAUAAGAGUGGGAAGCCAUGUAGCUGGUCUUUCGAAAAGCAAACACACAGGUACGACCCCAUGAAAAAGCCAUUUCAAGGUCCCCAACGUAAAGCAGUGCCCCCAAAUUUAAAAUGCAGCUCAAAGAUUCAGGACAGGUUUUGAUUUUGGAGAUUCCAUUUGAUUUUGGAGGGAGCAUGCCUUCCUUUCCUCAGUCUGACUUGGGAGAAUAGCAGAUGGGAUCACCCAAAUCUUUCUGAAAGAAGCUCGAUUGGUAUGAAACUCAGCCACACCCCAAGGCCCCAUAAGAAGCAUUUCUCCUUCUCCUCCCCUGUUACAAGAGCUUAUCCUCAGCAUUACACUUCUGCACCUCGACAGCCAUGAAAAUGGCGAGAUUCCUCCCUCCUUCCCUCCUCUGAACAUCCUCCUUCUGUCCCUUCCUUCCUUCCUUCCUUCUUUUUGAAAGUAUAAGCUCCCACCAAGUUCCUGUAUGGUGUUGUCUUCUGUGAAGCAUCUUCACAUUCUUAUGCAAGCAGCGACCCACUAGGCAUGUGACCAUCAUAUGGACAGCUGAACACAGGGAUAACCUCAUUACCGAUAUCGUAGGAGGCAUUGCUGAAACCCAGCGUGAUCUUUGAACAUAACCUUUGUUUCCUUUGGAAGAGAAUGUCAUGUCCCUUUGACCACCAGUUCCCAGACCUGGAGUAGUACACAUUUUUAAGUAUUUGUACUCUAUAUAAUUUCCAAAAAUAUAUGAGAAUAUUCUUAUGAAAUACAUGAAACUGACAAAAUAUUUCACAUAGAACAUUGCCUGAAAUCCAAGGGCUAUGCUUCAAUUCCUGUCAGCUGCAAAGAAUGGCCACAAUUUAACCUGGACAGCUGUUCAAUCCAUCCCAAUUCCAUAGCAAAAUCAUGUUCUAUUCUCGCAGACUUCCGUGGAAAUGGUGCUGGUUUCCAUCACCGCAUAAUCCUGCCAUCGGUGCUGAAGAAUGGAACAGCUGUCUGUUGGUUUGAGUUGAAUCCCAAUAAAUCUUCUUGCACUGCCCUUUAUUUACUUUGUACACCAACAAGCAAUUAAGAUCUGGCAGGUGUUUGGUUACAUUAUUAAGAUGAUCUCUGCUCUGGGAAGCUUGUCUGUUCCAUUUUUAACAAGCCAGUCAACAGGAAAUUUACAAGGCAUUCACUGAGAGGUCAGAACAUGGGCAGGAUAUUGAUAAAAACUUCUGUUUGUUGGACUUGUGGACUCCAAACCUUCAUACAUCUAGGAUGCUUAAAUCACACAGGGUGCUUCUGGCUACAUGAGUAAAUGGAAGAAUGCACAGAAGAUCCGUUCCUGGUAUUAAAUGUACCCCAUCCAGGCCACAGUAUCAAAGGGCUGGUAAAUACAAUGGUGUUUCUCACUUUAACCAAUGUACUUUUAAGAGAUGCAGUUGCAUUUUUAAUUCUCCAUCAAACUGCAUGAGGUGAAAAUCAUGGAUAUGACUGAGUAAGAGGGGGCUGUUCAAAGAACUGAUGUGUGCUUAUCUUUUUCUGGUUUGUGUCUUGGGUUUAGGAGCAGACACCGGUGGGGCUCAUUCUGAAAUGUGCUUUCUCACUGGGAGGGAGUGUGUUCACCUUCCUCACCCUUGCUUAUAAUGCAGAGGUGGGCAGAAAGGUGAUGGGGAUCCACUGGUAGAUUGUUGGAUGGUUUGCAGUAGAUCGACAAAGGGUUUCUAACUCUCUGUUUCUGUAUUUAACAAUAGCAUAACCUGAAAGACUUCCCUUCUCCAACCCAAAUUUGACUGUUAAAAUCCCUGGUCUGUUGUCACUCAGAUGUAGAUCCGUUCUUGUGCAUGCAGAUCACCCGUUGAUCGCUCAUGGGGUGCAGUUGGAACUCCAUCCCUCCCUAGGCUCCACCUCAAAGUCACCAUUUUGCACUGGGUUCUGUCCCCAGCCACUAUUUUGCACCUGGCUCCAGUUGAUAGACCGCAGGACUCUAGUAAAAAAAUUGAUCUCACAAGCCUGAAAUCUUCUCAUGCAUUGUAAUGCCUGUGUUCUCUGCCUAGGGGUCGCUAGAGUGCAGUUUUGUUCAAUAUCUACAGAAAACAGCAUUAUAGUAACACUGCAAGAGCACAGAAGACGAGCUGAAAAUGUCCAUGGUGGGACCUGCUUCUCCAGAUUUCCCAUUUCUGAAGGUUCAGGGACAACUAGAUUAUGCAUGGAAGAAGAUGCUUUAGUGGGGAAGUGACUUCUCUAAGAUGUAGUAAGGAGUAUUCUCAACCACUUGGACAAAAUACAAACCCCAUUAUGGAAAAUGAUCUGGGUGACAAAUCCACAUUCAUUAUUUAAACUCACCCUUGGAUGGGUGAGAAAGAUUGAUGUUCAACUUUAUAUGCAGAUUAAGGAGACAGUAAAGCAUUACAGAUUAAGGUCCAAGAUGGUUUCUUUGGAGCAAGAGUGAAUGUUGGAGAGAAAAGCAAAUCUUGAUGCCAGAUUAAGCUCAGAACUUUUGUACACGUAUAUAAAAGUAGUCCAGGACCCUUUAGAACUGCAUGCUCCAUCCCAAAUAAGCUUAAUUUUAUGAGCAGGUUUUUCAUUUCCCUGCGUGGCCUUUGAAUAGGGAAAUGUCUUUUGUAAAUGUUUUAUUCUGUUUACAAAUUAUGGUAGUGGUUGGGGGGGGCUACCUCCAAAAGUAGAAUUUAGACCCCAAAUGAUAUAUGCUUGCAUUUUUCUACAGAACCUCUGAUGCAUUAACCCUCAAGGAAGGUUUGAAUGAUUUUAAAAAAUGUGUAUAUACAGUAUAUAUGCUAGUAAAACAGCUUGCAGUAUGCAAGCAUAUUAAUGUCAUAUGUUACUGAGAUUUGUAUUUUCCUCACUUUAUGAGGUCUCAUAACCCAUGCUGUCCAAUGGAAUAGUUUCCCCGGAUUUUCUGGGGCAUUAAUGUGUGGUCUCAAACCUACCUGCAAAAAUGGCAUCUUUCUAUCUUCUGUGAUUUGGUCUGGGAGUUUCAUAUCAGCCAGUGAGUGUCAUUGAGGACUUGCGGUUUGCAAGCAUAUCAAUGUCGUUUCUCACUGUGACUCUAGUCUUUUCCUAGCUCUAUGAGGUCUCAUUCCCCUUUCCAAUGGGAGAGAUUUUUCAGGAAAAUAGUGGAUUUUUCCAGGGUUUGGUUUUCUUUCUUUUUUGUCUUUUUCUUUCUUUCUUUUUUUUUGCGGGGUGUGGGGUGUCUGGGCAAGGUCUGGAACCUACUUGCAAAAACUGCAUGUUUCUAUCUUUUGUGGUUUGGUCUCAGGGUUUCAUGUCAGUCAAUGAGUGAGUCAGUGAGUGAGGCCCAAGCAAAUUUAUAUUAUAGAUAUCUGUGGAAUCUGACUUUCUAGGCAUUCAAUUUCAGUUCUUUUUCUGGAAGUCUUGCAAACUUCAGCCAAAGGGCUAAACUAAAAUUCAUCGACAGAGAAGAAAUAAGGGUGGUUUUCAUUAACGGCUGCUCGAUCUAUCUGCAAAAGAAGCCAAAAUUAAAUGUUUGUAUUUAGCAAUGGACACCAGGGUGUGUUUGAAAGACUGAACACUUGUGAAGAGGAGGCUUGCGUCACUUCUUGCAGUGAUGUCCAGGACACAUCUCGAAAAGGUGCUGUUGAAUCAAGGAUGCAUUGUAUGUGAUCCACUCAGCUGUCGACCCAGCCUGUCAGCCAUGGAUUGUGGCCUGCCAGGUGCCUGGAAAUUUCCUUCUCUUAUGCAGCCCCAGGUUUUCUUGAGGCCAUGGUAGGCUGCCUUCCACUUGGAAUACAACCUCAGUAUGUGUCCACCAUCUGCACAGCUGUUGGUCCACUAACUGGGGAUGUACAGUAGGCUGGUGAUUCCAUUUCCCCAGUAAUAAAAUAUCUCGACAGAAUAUUGGGAGAAUUGAAUUUAUGUGUGCAGCGAUGCAAAAGCUUGAGAAAAGAUGUUGGAGGACUCGUAACCAGCUCCACAAGCAAAACGAGAAUGAAGGAAAAUGAUUUCUAUCCUCUGUUGCCUAGAGCAAAAAUGAGACACUUCUUGCACAUUCAAAUACAUAGAUAUUGUUGUUAUUUAUUUAUCGUCAGAUCAGAGUUCUCGAUGAGACAUGUCCUGAGGAAUGAUCGCAUCAAAAUCAUGGUGGUUCUUCAAGACAACUCCAUGGAAAUAAAUGGGUGUAUGUGUGUAGCUUUGUUUUUCCAACUAGCUUUUAAUAUCAUAAUUUAGCGAUUCACUCUGCUGGUGAACCUUUCAGUGUUAGUGCUCUAUAUGGAAGCAUAAACCAUGAAUAAAAUAUCUGUAAUUGUAACCGGG